ACAACAAUUUGUAGAGACCAGUGCUUUAUCAAAAUGGACGAAAGAGGAGAUGGAGACCACAAUGGGAGAAAUCGGCCGCUGAUUCCCCUGCUUUUUUUUCCAAGAGGGAAUAGGCCACCAGCUGAUCAACCUAAUGCUGCAAUUGUUGCCUGGAUGGAAAUUCUAUUGAAUUUUGGUAUAGAGGAGGUCGGGUUUGCUGUGUUACAGGAUCUUGUGGAUGCAGAGGAUCAAGAAAACCAGGAUAACAAUAACAACAACAACAAUGACAACAAUGAAAACCAGGAUAACGAUAACAAUGACAAUAAUGGCAACAAUGAAAACCAGUUGAAUGACAAUAAUGGCAACAAUGAAAACCAGUUGAACGAUAAUAACGGCAACAAUGAAAACCAGUUGAAUGACAAUAAUGGCAACAAUGAUAAUAACAGCAACAAUGAAAACCAGGCUGAUGAUAACAACGAUGACACUGGUCAUAACACUCACAAUAGUAAUGAAAAUGCAGAGGGUGCUAGUACUAGUGCUGGGGUUGAAGUUGACCAGGGUGUAGAAGAAGACAACCCCCUUCCUCGAGGAUCCAGGAUAAGGUCAAGGGAUGACGAUGAAGAGGACAAUGACAGCAACAGCAGCAAACAGUUCAGGUGGUGGGACGAGUUCGCUGACAGCUGCACUGACUGCAGCUCUGAUGGUUAUGCCACUGAUUGUGACGACAAUAAUACUGACAGUUAUAUAGACUGGGCUACAACAAAAAGCCCAAUUGAACAUGCAGGUGCUGACAAUGAGGUUGUUGAAGACGACCCUCAGCCUGGUCCAUCCAGGAAAAGGUCAAGAGAGCACGACACAGAGGAUGAGAAAUGCGACAAGAAAUCAAGAUUGUGUUACAACUUUGCAGACGACAACUCUGACACUGUUACAGUCGCUGUUGUGACAGAGAGGAGCCAGGAAGUCAACCGGCAGGAGGAAGAAGAAGCCACACAAACAAGACCAUGCAGGAAAAGACCAAGGGGAAACGACUCCGAUGAGGAUGGGGGAGGGAGCAAAGAUGCAAGAUAUUAAUACUAAUUGGAGUCUUUGUGUAAAUAAGUAUGUGUAUAUAUUGUGAAUACAGUAAAUCGGUCAAGACAGAGGGUGGUUCCUGCAAGAAUUGGCCAUCAGCCCACUUCUGGCACCCAUUAGCUGAUCAUCCUGGAGGGGGAUCCUUCUUUGAGUGGGCCCUCCCGAGGUUUCUUCCAUUUUCAGCCACGUAAAGGGGCUGUUUUUGGGGAGUUUUUCCUCGCUCUCACUGAGGGUCUAAGGUCUGGGUGGGUGCCAAUUUAAUUUAAUUCAAGUUUUGUUUAUUGUUUAUUGUUUAUUCUUUUUGGAGAUUUAAUGUGGGCAUUAAACAAAAAACCUCUGUUAAGAUCAAAUAAUAAUAAUAUUUAAAAUAAAAAUAUAAA